CCUGAAUAAGAACACAUUCAGGGUGAACAUUGUUCAUAUCUUUUCAUGGAUAAAAUUUAUUAGAAUGAAAUUUUCAUUUAAUUCGCAUACAGUUUAAAAUAUUGGAUAUCAAAUUAUAUUUGCAAAAAUCCCCAUGACUUAAAGUUUCAGCUUGUAGACCAUUCAAAAUUUCUCCUCGGAAAUAAUCAGAUGCAAAAUUGUGUUCAAGUAGCCUUUCGUUUGUCUAUAGCUGUGAAACAACCUAUGGAAGUGGAAGACGUGUGUAUGGUAUGUUCAAAGUACAGUGCUACACUUGUCACAGCUAGGAAAUCAAAACGUGGUAAGAAAGGUGAACAAUCAUCAGGAGGUAGUCUUCCAAACACUAUGUCCAUUGAUUUUGAUGAGAAUGAGAAUGCUGAUUAUGCUGAAUGUGUUCAGAAUUCACGUUCUUUUAUGAAUGAUACUAGUAAUAGUUUUAAAAAGGAUGAUUUGGUUACAUUUAAAAAUUAUUUAAAUUUUUCUCGCCCCGUGACAUCGAUAUUAGCACACCAGGUGUUAGCUAUUAAUCGAGCCAACGAAAGGGGUGUGAUUACCGUAAAAAUCCACUUGUCACCACAAGUACAACAUAAUUGUGCAACAUUUGUAUCUCAAAAAUAUUUUCCUACGACCAACCGUAUUCAUUGGGAUUUUGUAAUGUCAGCUUUCAAUGAUGCAUGGAAACGUUUAAUUGAUCCACAUUUGGUGCGUAGUAUACGCACUAAAUUAACAACUUCAGCUCAAGAUGCAUCUCUUGAAGUAUUUUCAGAAAAUCUCCGACGUCUCCUAAUGACGGCACCGUUACGUAUUCCAGUUUCAUCAAGUGAUUCCACAGUGAAGAAUGACAAUGAUAUUGGCAUGAUAUCUUCAGCGUCUGGUGCACCAGGUGAUCGUCUUCCUGUGAUUGGAUUAGAUCCAGGCUGGAGAAAUGGUUGUAAAUGGGCUGCAUGUGAUCCUCAUGGAAAUGUUCUAAGCACAGGUAUUUUAUGGCCACCGCAUACAUUGUCUGCUAUUCCACCGAAGAAAUUGAGCAUGCAAAAUGAACCAAUGAGUAAUAAUGGUUUGGGUGCAUUGACUGCAGCUAUGCAACGUCAUCAAAUCGAGACAAUAGCUCUUGGUAAUGGUCAGGGUAGUCGGCAAACUGGUUCUUGGUUGGCACAUUUAAUAGAAAUUCAACAUUUCAAACCUUUAAAUGUUCGUUAUGCUGUUGUAAGUGAGUGUGGUGCUUCAUAUUACAGUGCGUCAAAUCUAGCUUGUACAGAAUUACCAGAUUUAAAUGUUAGUUUCCGUGGUGCAGUGUCUAUAGCUAGACGUUUACAAGAUCCUUUAGCUGAACUAGUUAAAGUUGAACCGAAACAUUUAGGUGUUGGUAUGUAUCAGCACGAUAUACCAGUUAAUCAAUUAACAUCUGCUGUUCAUAAUGUCAUGGAAGAAUGUAUAAGUUUUGUUGGUGUUGAUUUGAAUGCAGCUCCAUUGCAUAUUUUAUCACGUGUUGCUGGUUUAUCUGAGAUGAAAGCCAAAGCAAUUUUAACAUAUCGUUCACAAAUUGGUCCCUUCCGCUCAAGAGCUGAUCUUCUUAAGGUUAAAGGUAUUGGACAAGCUACGUUCGCUCAAUGUGCUGGAUUUGUACGUGUCAAACCCACAUAUUCUACAACUACUUUAGAUGGGACUAAGGAUGUUGAAAUGAUUUCCAUUUCGAGUGGUGAUGAUGAUGGUGAUGAUUUAACUUGUGAUACUAAAAUAACCAAUAUUUCCACUGGUAGCACUAAACGUAAACAUAUAUCCAAUGAAUUUAACAAGAAACAUCAGACUGCUGUUCAUCCUGAUUCUUAUGAAGUUGCAGCAAGUAUUAUUUCAUUGCUCCAAUUAAAUCUGACAGAUGUAGGGUCGGUGAAAAUGAGAGCAGCUGCGACACAGUUUAUGAUCAGCGAAGAUAGAGAUAAACGACUUGAACAGUUUUGUUCCAAAACUGUUGGACUUGAUACUUUACGUGAUAUUAUCGUAGCACUAACUCGUCCUUUGGAUUUCGAUGAGCGUCAAGACUGUUUUACUCCAUUGUUUCAUUCAACCGUGAUGAAAAUAUCAGAUUUACGUAAAGGUAUGCAAGUGAAAGGUCGUGUAGAGAAUGUCACUACUUUUGGUGCCUUUUGUGAUAUUGGUGUUGAAGAAAACGCGUAUAUUCCAAGACAUGCAUAUCCUCGAAAUUGUCCAACUUCCAACCUAAAAAUUACCAAUGAUACUUCUGUUGGAAUUGGCGUCAGUGACGGCGGUGAUAUUCAUCACAAAAUGUUCACUUUACGUUUGGGUGAUCGAAUCAAAGCUAUUGUUUCGAGUGUUGAUAUUAAGUAUAAACGAGUUGCAUUGGAUAAAGUUUCUGUAAUGACGUAA